AUGCGCACAUGCCCCACUGUGGCGCUGGAAGUCAUAUUGGAGCUCACACCGCUGCACCAGGUGAUAAAACAAGCAGCAAACCACACCAUGCUGCUUAUCAAGACGGAGUGGAGCGAUUCCACGCUGGAAAGACUGCUGGAAGACAGUACCAUUCAGUGGUACACUGAUGGCUCAAAAACACCGGAGGGUAUUGGGGCAGGUAUUGCGGGACCGCGUACUACGCUGUCCAUACCAAUGGGCUGCUUCCCAAAUAUCUUCCAGGCUGAAGUUUUUGCCAUAGGUCAGUGCGCUGAAGUCAACCUCAGCCGCAACUAUUGCAACCAGCGUAUAGCUAUUCUCAGUGAUAGCCAAGCGGCACUAAAGGCGAUUUCAUCAUAUGAGAUCAAAUCGCUUUUAGUUGAGGAAUGCAUAGAAAGUCUAAACCGCCUGUCCUUGUGCAACCGGGUGCACCUAAUUUGGGUGCCAGGGCACAAAGGAAUAGAAGGAAACGAGAAUGCCGACGAACUGGCCCGCGCUGCGGCAGCGUCCAAGGUGAUGGGACCAGAACCAUUCAUAGCGAAAUUUGGUAGCACAGAAAUUUGGUAG